AUGGAUCAGGCAGCACAAAGGCCUGGUCCUUCACAAGGACCUCGAAUAAUAAUGUCUCAGAACCUACCACAACGACCUUCAACUAAAAUUGAAGAUCUACUAAAUUGCUUGAGAGAUGGUUCACAUCGUCUCAGCCAGAAGGUUACAAUGUUGACUGUAAGAUUGUUUAAUGUAAAUUUAAUUUUUUGAAAUUUAGAAUUUUUAUGAAAAUCUGGACGAAAUGAUUAACACACAAACGUAUGCAACAUAUCAAGGAGAAAUCUACGAGCUUCUGAUAGGAGAUUUGAAGAAAACACAACCUCACUUUAUUGCCGAGAAUGAAACACAGGUAAACUUUUCGAACUAACCUUAAUAUAAUAUUUGUAUGUUAAAAGAAUCAUUUCUGGUAACAAGUAUUACCUAAAACAUUUACUAAGCCAUUUGUAUUUUGUUAUGUUAAAAUUUAAUUUAUUAUUUUAGCAACUACGUAAAGCAGUUAUACAACUAUUUUUGCGUCUUCCGAUAUCAGAUCUAAUCAAGAGAAUUUCCCAAAAACAUAAUUUGAUUGGAGAACUGCUGAAUAUCGUAUCUUUUGACAAUGAAGAAAAUGGAGUUUUGGCGUUGAAGACAUUGAAUGAUCAGCUGAAGAUUAACAGAGUGAACACACAGGAUUUGCCGGAUUUCUUCGAUAACUUCAAACAGUUUUAUGUUAACUUUACGAGAGUGGCAGAGGAAAGGAAAGAGAUUUUUUUGGCUAGACCUGUGACUGAAGUUAGCAGUAUUGAAGAUGAGGUUACGAAGUCGUUGUCUCGAUUGUAUUAUACAAAGACUUUACUUUUGAGAAGGCCGGAAGAUGCGGUAUGUAUUUUGAAUAUUGGUUAGUGAAUUUUAGGUAACAAUGAAAAGGCGUAUAUAAACUUUUUUGUUUGUGUUAUAAUAAAUUUAUUUAGAGUAAAUUAAUUUAUAAAUUAAGCAUUUUAUAAUGUUUUUUAAAAUCUGUAUUUUAGACCUCAUUUCAAUACACUUUGAUACCCAAAGCGUCGAUGAGUGUGAAAGUCUUCUCAGAGAUUCCACCAUUGCUAAUGCAGCUAUAUCAAGUGUCGCGAAUACCGUACGAUGCGAUGUUUGUUGUUAUGUUCAACUACUUUUGCGUGUCAGUACCUCGCAACGUCGAUGAUAUUGCUUUAGAAGUUAGAGGAAAUGGACCGCUACCGGCUUUGAAUGCACCUUUGAUUGAUGAAUUCCACAAUUCUCAAGUUAGAGCUCUGUACUUUAUGGCUUGGAUUAUCAAACAACAAAGGGCAAGUUUAGCUUUUACUUAAUUUUUUUUCGUUUUAGGCAUGAAGGUGAAAAUUUUAGGUAUAAAUUAAUGUUUUUGGGUAUGAAACUUCAUAUUGAAGGGGAAUAUUGGAGGGUUUAACGUAGAUUAAUAUCAACAUUUUAGCAAGUAUCAGUGCUAAACAGAGACAAUGCUGCCAAGAUGACAAAGGCUAUGAUUCGACUUCUGGAGUCUCUGAAUCCACAUGUUACAGCAGCUAGAAGAGAGUUCAUCGCUGCUGUCAAGAUAUUACUGUUGUCAGAAUGUAAAGGCUUGUUUGUUGGUGUGGUAUCAGCUUUAACUUGUGAAAGAUACAUUCUUGGAGACAGUUAUGCGUCACAAGAUGUUUUGAGGAAUGUCAUCUACUCUCAACUGGCUGAUGUUCUUCAUCACAUUCGGUUUGAGCUACCGUAUUCUGUUUUGGUACAGUAAGUUGGUUUUAAUAUUAUAUUUUGGAAAAAUAGAAAGAAUUAUAAAUAUAUUAUAAUAGCAUAGAUAAUUAUGACGUUGGGGAUAUGAAAUGGGUUAAUUUAUUUAAUAUUGUUAUUUUAGUUUGUUCAAUUUGUGUGUACGGUGUCUACAUGACACGCAGCUGAUAUCUCACAAUCAAACUAUGUACGGCAAACUGUUAAUGAAUCUCUGUGAUCCAUUGUUGAAGUUUGAGAAGGAUAGAAUGCUACCGGUAUGUUAAAAUAAUGUUCUUAUAAUAGUGUUAUCUAUCAUAAUUUUAACUAUUUCAAUCUCUUUUUUUAUUUUAAAAUCUGCUAUUUUAGGCAAGAGAAACCUUUUUGUACGCAUUCGAAGCCUUUGUGAAGAAAACCAACGUCUUGGCAGAUCACACCUUUCCUCAAACAAUUCAAUCCGAAGUUGCCAAAAGAGACGCUUCAAUUCAACUAAACCAACGUGAUCACGACCAAAGCACGGAACUCGGCUCUUCUCCACGAAAACAGGUUCAGAUGCCAACUCAAACCAACCUAGCGUACGUUCAUUGGCAAGAACAGGCUACACCAUUGACUCCACAUGAAUGCAGAAACAUAUUACGCUACACGAUCAACCCUAUCAAGAUAUUGUCCGUGGCACUGAGUAAUUGCCAUCUUACUGAAGAUUCGACCAACUUUGCGGCUGAAAGAGAAUUAUUCUACAAUUUCUUUGUUUAUGGCAUCAAAUGUCUUCAGCAGUUCAUAUUAUUGGUUAACCAAGUGGCUCAGAACAGUCAAUAUGCUGGACAGAUCAAGGCUUUCAAGAAGGAUGAAAAGGAAUGCAUCGAGAUGUUUGCUUGCAUUGUGAGUUCAAAAUUUAUAUUUUUUUGCUAAAAUGUUACCUAAAAUGUUUUUUAUUGAUAUGCUAUCAUUCAUAAUAUAAUAUUAAUGGCAUUUUUAUAUUUUCAGUUCAGCGACGGUCAUCCUCAAGUGUUCCAGUACAUUAUGUCGAAGAAUAUUGGCAUCUUCGUAGAAGCUUUAAUUGUUUGUAAACCUCUUCAAGACAUUCCAACUCAUUUCAUGAAUCAUGCGAGAACGUGCACUAUCAUGGGUUCAGUACUACUCAAAUACUUGUUGAAACAAAUGAAGGAAAUUGGACCAAUUAACGACCGGUCGAAAGUUUACUUGGCUUUGUUUAGUUUGGUGUUUAAAAUUGUUUCACAAGAUCAGUCGAGCAAUCAGGAGAGCAUGUUAAUGGUAAGUACGAUAAGGUCGAGAUGGUUAAUAUUUUUAUUUAUUUUUUAAUGAUUUAUUGGUAUGAAUAUUAAGUUAGGAUUAAAAACCAGUUUUUUCUUUCAUGUGUAAUAUUGCUUUUAGCCAUACCUUCAUGAAAUCAUUGCCGAAGCCUUACAAUACGCGAUCAGAAGCCGUGAGAAUUGGAACUACUUCCAACUGCUACGAGGCCUCUUCAGAUCGAUUGGUACUGGAGCUCACGACCAACUUUACCGCGAGUUUCUACCUCUAUUACCAUCAAUUCUACAACAAUUGAAUCGCUUUCAAAACGGAUCUCACCGACAGACAAUUCACGAUGUUUUUGUCGAACUUUGUCUUACUGUACCUGUACGAUUGUCAUCUUUAUUACCGUAUCUCGCUCUUCUCAUGGACCCAUUGGUAUGUGCUCUACAUGGAUCAACCACAUUGGUACAACAAGGUCUACGAACUUUGGAGUUGUGUGUGGAUAACCUUCAACCGGAAUACUUCUUUGACCAUAUGGAGACAGUCAGAGCAUCGUUGAUGCAAGGGUUGUGGAGAUGUUUGUAUACUCAAGAUUCAGCUGCAUCCACGGCGGCGUUGAGAAUCAUGGCCAAGCUUGGUGGCAGCAGUAGACGAGCUUUUCUAGAUGCUCAAGUCUACGAAUUCAUCGACGAAACAGACUCGGCUUUGUCGUUGAACUCGAUGAAAGUGGCACAAACUUCGAUGAAAGGAGAGGAUGCGUUGAAGUUGCGGUUGAAUACGAUGAUCGAAGUCGGAGGUACGACCAUGCCGGUAGAACGAGGUAUGAAGCGAAAGCAUGAAGAUGAGAAUCUGGUCAGGGAGGUUCAGCCUUUAACUGCUGACAUUUCUGUCGGUCAGGUUGUGGAAUCAGCUGUUUCUAUGAUCAAGCAAGUUGUUUUAGAUUUUUAUUUUAAAUUUUAUUUUAAAAAUUGUAAAGUAGAAGAUUGUUAGCUUUAACGAAAAUGUAUAAGCUACCUAAAAUUAAAAAUAUUAGGUUUUAAAUAUUAAUUUUAAAUUUUUCCAGAAAUUUUAAAACUAACAUGAAUAAUAUUACAUUUUAGGUCGUCACAAGUAAACGAACACCAACCACCUCUCAGCGUGAAUUGGGCACAUUGGCAAAGUGGGUUUUCAUCAGGAGUCAGGAAUCCAAAGGCAUACGCUUUGGAAGUCUGUAAGACGGUCAUCUAUACGGUAAUUCAAAAGAAUCCGAUUCAUUUGUUGACAAAGCAACAGAAACGAGAACUUUGCCAAAAAGCAUUCGAAAAAUGGAUUCAAACUGAUCAGUAAGUCAAAUAUGGUUAGAGUUAUGGGCUCUGUUAAGCAGAUUUUGUUGUGUUAUGUUAAAACAAAAGUUAUGUUUUAAAGGCCUACUGAAUAAUAUUUUAAAGGCUUACUGGCUAAAAAAUAUGUUUUAAGGAUCUACUGGAUAAUAUUGUUAUGAAUAUCUUAUUUGUUAAGAAUUAUAUUCCAUUUCAGAAAAGCAACAGUCUACCGAUGCACAGACACUCGCUCCAGAACAGUCUUUGGAGAAGCUCUUUCCGGAAUCUUCUUUGGAAUUGUAGCCAGCGAGUACCGUGAACAGACUCUACCGUUCUUCAGCGCCAUCAUUGUUCAUCUGACUACACAAUCCAUCCUAGAAUCUAUGGAAAAUAGGUCUGAAGGAAUGGACGGCUUCAUUCUAAUCGACGUUAUCACCAGAGUUUUGUCUGAUUCCUGCAAAGAGUUUGCGUAUUCUGGGCUGAUUGCCUUGUCCUACAUCAAACUUACAGUAUCUUACCUGUUCGAACUAUCAGAUUUGUCUAAGGCGUCAAAGUUGAUCUUCUUCAGUGAAUUGUUGGAACAGAUCAGAUUGUUGUGUUACAAAAGGGAAUGGUACGCCAAGUUGGGCGGAUGCACGGCUUUGAGAUUCUUUUUGGAGAACUUCCCAAGAGAUUUUGUGGUUUCAAGGGCUUCUGAAAUCAUAGAUGCACUUUUUACUACUAUUUCUGGUAGGUUUAUAUGAACUAGAAGUAGUUCUUGAUGAAGUCCGGAAGAUUUUCAAAUGAAAUUAGCUUUAUAUUAGCUGAGAGAAAGUAAUAUAAGACAAUAAAAAGUUCAGAACUCUUAAAAUUUGACAAUGUCACAGCUCAUAAAUUAUUCGAAAAGUAUUUUCAAUUAAAGACGGUCAAUAGUAAUAUAAAAUUCUAGGUGUGGCGGAUGAAGUAUCAUCAGGAGCAGUUGAUGUUGCCUCGAAAUGUUUGGAUCUCUUUGUUACUGUGUGUUUUUCAAGUCUGGAAUACGACGAAUCACUCUUGAAUACAGUCAUUUCUUACAUUAUCGGUCGUUUCUGUGAUCCAGAAGCAUUUGUCAGAAGUGAGAGCUACAGAUUACUGGAAAGAGUUGCUACACUUACAGAUAAAAAUAUAUGUCAACUACUGGAAGAUAAACACAAUGUUUUGAAGCAGCUAUUACUGGAAGGAUUUACUAACUUUGCCACAAUGACUUCUUUCGCUCAAAUUGCUUUCUUGGUAGGUUUUAAGUCGAAAUUGACAUUUUAAUAUGAAGAUUUAGAUAAAAAGUUAGAAAAAGUAUUAUUUUAGUAUUUUUAUGACAUGAAAAGUCAAAUAAUCACAAUUUAUGUGCAAUAAUAUUACUUUUUAGGAGUUUAUAAGCCGUUUUCUAAUUGACGGCAACCUUUACGACGAUACCUACAUCGACCAAUCCGUCCAUUUCAUCUCAAAUCUUCAAUUGAUUGUCGCAAACACUGAUGUCGCUCUAAAUGCAAUGCCUUCUUGCCGAUACGCCACUUCCAACAUGAACAGAGGAUCACAUUCUCUAGAAGCUCAACUAAAAAGUGUCAAAGAAGAGGCUCUGAAGACGUUGGAGGUACACACAAAAGUGCUUGUUAAAAUGAGGAAAAGCUUGAGAGACGGACGAGAAGUUAGUCAGACCGAGAAGUUGGCUGUUGUUCUACAAGCGAUUGAUGUGGAGAAAAUGAAAAAGAAUGGUAAGGAUUUAAAAUGUGGGAAAUUAUACAAAAUGUUAUUUUAAAUUGAAAAGUAGUUGAGAUAUAUUAGAAACUUGAUUUUUUAAGAACUUUCUUUUAGAAAAUUAAUUAAAAUUAAUUUUUAGGUGAAGAUUCGUUGAAAGAGCUAGUAAAAAUGGCGUUUGAACUUGCGGAUCUUGACUUGCCAGACAUGGAAUUGGACGAUACUAACAUUGAUGAACAAAUUGAAGAAUUAAAAGAACUGCUAGAGCACCAAAGAAUCAACAAUCUUUCGGAAAACGAACACAAAUCAUUGUUACUCACAAGUUUUCUCGAUGAUAUUGUCAAGUUUUACCUGAGAUUAGCUUCACACCCAACUCAUCCACUCCAAUCUGAAGCCAAAAAGAUUUUGAAGAAGUUGUUUGCGGAUGAACCAGUCUUUUCUGUGUAUGUUAGAGCUGAACUGAACCAUCAAUUGGAGCUGAUUCAACCAAUUUUAACGCUAAAUCAGUCGGUUGGGCAUUCUAAAAAGGCGGCCGAGAAACUGAACUUCUUGGACGCUUCUGACAAGUUUAAGUUGUUCAAAUCGUACGAUGGAAUUCAAGCUCCAGCUCAAGGUAACGGUGGAAGAGACCAGUCAAAACGAAGAGUCAAUUUGUGUGUAGAUCUAGAUGGAGAAGAAACAGUGGAAGCACUACUCAAAGGAGACCUCUUGUUCAAGUUGAAAGACCAGUCUGGGAAUACGUUAGCCUUGGGUAAAGUGCUAGGUUACGUUCCUGUAGCAUACCGUGCCGACAAUAAGAACAGCGGAAUCAGCGUUGAGGAAAUAGAAUCUAUCGCUGGAGUGAGACGUCUUAAGGAUGACAGUCAGGAGAUGCUGGAGAAGAUGCAGCCGGUCAACGUGGAACGCGAAGACUACGAGUAUGUGGAGACCGAGAAGGUGAACGAGCUCGUCAAGGACAUUGGAGACAACGAUGACAUUCCAGAAGUCAAGGAGAACGAGUUGAAUCAAGUCACGUUUGUCGUGGCUGAUCGAACAGAAAAUGCGUAUACCUUCAAGAGAUACGUCGGCUCAUUACCUCCAAAGAUCAAUGGGACUUUUGUCACAUUCACAAGAUUACCUACUGGAGAGUUGGUCAGAUCCAUCAAAACUUAUGGUCAAGCAAAGGUGGACCAAAGAAUCGACUAUUUCGGGGAAUCAGAAUUGGAACGACAGUUUGGUCAUCCGGCGUGCUCGAUGAUUUUCGAAGAAAUCGACGAGACUACAGCUGCCCAUCUGACAGAAGUGGCCAAUAUGUUGAUGUUGGAAGCUCAAAGUCUAGGCUUGGAUAAGCCUACUUAUACUGUAACGCUGGAAAGUGUACCAAACGAUGGAGGUAAUCCAGAAGAGAUGGGUCAACAUGGUCUUCAGGACAUCGGAAUGUUUGAUAUUGAUGAUCAGGCUUUGCAGGUAUGGUUGUGCGGCUCAAAAGACAGUUCUUAAAGAAUAUAAAAUGAUUUUUUUGAGAAAAUAAAAUAUCUAAAUAAGCUUUAAAAAAAUUUUUACCUAAAACAAUAUUAUAGGAUAUUGAAAACACGCUCUUCGAAACCCCGGAUGAUAUGUUGUUCAACGAGAGCAACGCCAGUCCAGAAAAGUCUAACAACGAACCCUCGACUUCUGAACAACCUUCAGAACCAGAAAAGCCUUCUGAAGAUCAACUUCCGGAACCUUCAACAUCAGCCGAAGAGCCAGUACAAACUGAUAUCGAUCUAAAAGACGGAUUAGAUGCCGGAUACAUAAAGCAAGUCGAACAGAAUCAACAUCUGGCAGACGAGAAUCUGGACGAAUCAGCUGGAGACAAACCUCUGGAAGAUGAGAUCAAGAAGGAGCCAGAAGAACCAAUGGACACUUCAGAAGUCGUCGAAGAGAAGGCUACAGAGAAGAGCAAAGAAACAACGGUAGAGGACAUUCUGGUGCUUCGAACUGACAAGAAGUGGACUCGACCAGUCGUUUGCCACUUCCCAAUUGACAAAGAACACCGUGCCAACUUUGAACAAGGUCAUGUGGCUAUGGACGAGACUCUGAAGUUGAAUGGGGAAGGUGCCGAGACCAUAGAUGACCUUUCUCUAGGCCAACAUGACGAUAACCCUGUAGCACAACAUCCAAGUGAAACCUUUGAACCAGCGUUCAUUGGAGGUGAGACGAAAAAGCAGAAGCGGAUUCCAGGAAAGAAGCGAGUGUCUUUGGAUGAGAAAAUGAUCUCAGACACGGAAUUUGAACAUUUAUUGGACGAAACGGAACGAUCUGAUGGGUUAAGUGGAGAUGAGAUAGGUGGUGAAGUUGUGAAGAGGAAGAAGAUCAAGCUGAUAAUCGAUGGAGCUGAGAGAAUCGACAUUCAGAGUGUUGAAUUGCCAGAAAAGCUGAUGGAGAAUAUCGCCGAAGAGAAGGUUUAUAUCGGUACUGAAGGUGAGAGUGGGAAGGCUUCUAGAAUGGGCAAGGAUCUGGAGGUAAGACGACGGUUUUGUGAAAAAAUUUCAAAUUAUUUUGAGAAAUCAUUAAAAGUCGUAUUUUAACUCUAUUUUUAAGUUGGGAUCCGAAGCCACAGGACCAUAUGACUACAUUACUGAUGAAAAACUGAAGAACUUCUUUAACAAUUUGCAUAAAUUGUCGCCAAAACGGGCUUCGAAUGCUUUGAAAUACUAUACAAAGAAGCUGACAGAAGCCAUACGAAAGGAGCAUGUCCCAACAUUACCUGUAGAUUCAGAUGGUGUACUUCGGAUUCAAUACGCUUCAGAAUCAGUCAUUCUGCCAAGCAAAACAAUCGUACAAACGAUGCCAAGAACAAUAUUUAACUAUCUUUCGAAUGAAAUCUUUGAUGAGAUGAAGGUAAGUGGGAUGUUGAGGAUCAUAUUGGACUUGAUUACUAUUUUAUAUAAUCAUUUGUUCUAUAUACUUUGUAGGACCUGGACCGACUAGACAAGGAAGUAAAACAAACCAUCAAGAACCAAGCCUUGAACAAAGACCUAUUUGAUGUCGACUACAAUCAACCAGACAGUGAUGACGAGCUAGAAGCCGUCGACCUAACAGAAGGCUUCCUAACAGUCAAGAAACUAAAAACUAUGUCAGAUUUACGAGAAAUGAUCGACGCCAAAAUACCCGACAACCUCAUGUUUUACAUUUGUGGUGAAGUCUCGACCCAAGUGUUCUCGAAGAAUGUCCAUGAAGUAACCGAAGAAGACCUCAGCAUCCUUUAUCACGGUCUUGAACUGUUGUUAUCGGCCGAUAUUACAGUAAUGGAACAGUUAUUUGCGUUUCUGGUCAAUUCGAUCUCCUUUUUGGCUGGAACCAAGUACCAUUUCAACAUUACUGAUUACAAGAUGUUGGAUGAAACAGCUGCCAAACUAAUGCAAUGUUUGGCUAGAAUCCCGAAAAGGUCAGCCAGUCUGUUGUUGAGUUAUACUGUGUUGAUUCAUCGUGCUACAGGAAUCUUUGUUAAUGAAAUGUUGAUGUUGGAUGGAGCUGAAGCCUUAAGGAGCAGCAUUUUGAAGAAUUACAAACGAAUAGAGACAUUGUUGUAUGGAGAGACGAUUGAGGACGAAAGUGAUGGUAAGUUCUGAAGUGACAUUAAGUUUUCAAGUUUGGAACUUUGGGUUUUGUAGCUCUAAAAACUAAAUUUGGGUCUAAUAUAUGUCAAUAUAAACCAUAACUUUUCAAAAGUAAUAAAAUAAAAAGCCCUGAAAAUACUUACAACGCCUGUUAUAACGUUACUCUUCAGAGUUCCUCCAAUACUCACCAGAACUGAAGGGAAAGCAACGUCUCUCUCUUGACUAUGUUCUCUUCUCAAUGAUGUAUUCGAUCGCUCAAACAUCGUCAGAAGACUUUGCCAAUUCCUCGGAGUUGUUAACCAUUUUGGUGCGCUUCUGGAGAUCAGAUGACAUGAGAAGGAGGUAUACAGUCAGAGAUGGCUACGCUCCCAAUGUUGGAGACCAAAUCCUGAGCAAUAUGCUGACUGUAGCUGACUCGAGAAAGGUUCAUUCUGCCAGUGGAGACAUGAUUGCUGUUCCUGAAUUGAUUAUUAAGACUUUUGUGGAGUUUACAAAGUAAGAUUAUAUUGUUAUUGGCAGGGUUUUUUAAGUUUUUGAGCUUAAAAUCGUUUUUAUUAUAUUUGACAGAAAGCAAUCAUUUGUCUUGGAUAACAUAGAAAAGGCGUUAGUACAAGUAUUUUGAAUAUAAAAUGUGAUGUUUUUAAGAAUGAAUUUUGUUGGAUAAAAGGGCAGGGGCGUCGCUAGGAUUUUUUUUGUGGAUCCACCUCCCCCCCCCCCCCCUAGCGACGCCUGUAAAAGGGUAGAGAAGAAUAAAAAGCAUAGUUGACUUACCUUAUUUUAGUUUGCACCCACAACGAAUUGAUGUUCUGUACUACUCCUGCUUCGCCUUCUCUCACAAGUUCGUCACUGACUUUGCCUUCUUCAAGAAGCACAUCGACGAAUACAUAAUCCCGUUGAUGGACAUUGAAUGGCGACACAAAGCCUUUGACAAGGUUAUCGAAUUCUUCAAGCCAAAACGAACUCAGUUCGGUGUGACGGAAUCGGAAAUUCUGGCCAGAUUCAUUCAGUACGUGGUAACACCGUCGUUCGUCUACGCCUUUAACAAGUUCCCAGUGAACGACGUCGUCGGCUGCGAACCGAAUCCAGAAGAAAAGAACGAGAAGAGCAUCAUGUGGCAGUUCUGUUUGCACGUUAUUGAACCCUACAACAAACAAUUCCCUGUGCCGGACUUGCUGAAGAUCACAUUGUAUCAGUUUUGUGCUUUAUUGGUGCAGAAGUGUCCUAUUCACAUUCAUGAUAACAAAAAACAAAAGUAAGUUGAGAUGGAUGAGUCGCAUUUGGAAAUUUGCAAAAAUUUUUUUUCAAUGUUUUUAGGUAUGAAGUAUAUUCUGUAACACUUUUGGGUACUAAAUUAAGAUAGUAUUGAAAAGUAUCUUAAUGCUGCUCUACAGAGCUAAAAAACAAAAAUAAAAUUUAAAAACUAAAAAUAUUUUUUUAGAAGACAAGGUGAAUGUCUUCGACUGUUCAUGCUCUUCGGAUGGCCAUGCCUUCAAGCACAACAUCAAGGUGAUCAAAUCGAAAAGUAUGCAGGACAGUAUCUGAUAGUAAACCUAAUGGAAGAGUUUUCAAUUGCUAAGAAAAUCGUACUACAAGCCCUAACGGCUCUAGUUUGUGCUCACCAAACCGAGUUGAGGGAAGUGGUCAAAAAGUCGAUAGAAAUCAUCAUUCCGUCAAUGUCAAAUCGAAUGGAAGAUGGUGAUCAACAAAUUGUACUCGUGUUGAAGAAGUGUAUUGAAGAGCCUACUACUUCACAGGUAUGUCUUAGUGAUUUUAGGUAGGAAAAAGCUUGAUAGGAUUAAUUUAGACUAGGUUAGGGCAUGGUUAAGGUAGUAAUACGGCAAGUCUUGGUAAAAAAGUGUGAGAUAUUUGACAUAUGAUGGCUCGGACUAUGGUAAGGUGUGGGUAGACUUGGGUAUGGCCAGAGUAGUUAUCUUUCUACCAGGGACGUCGCUACGGUUUUUCUCUGGGGGGGGGAGGUCGAAAAAUUUAAAAAUUUUUUUUAUUUCACAGGUACCUGUGGACCGAUUUUUUCAAAAUUUUUUUUUUGUUUUUUCGCGUACAGGUACCUACCUGUGGAAUUUUUUUUUCGGAUCGGCUCUGGGGGGGGAGUUUGCACCCCCCCUACUCCCCCCCAAACGACGUCCCUGCUUUCUACGUCUGAAAAAUAUAAUUUUAGAUUGUUCACUGCAUUUCGAUAGCUGCUAGACACUAUAAGGUGUUGUUUAACAUGCGGUGCACUGUAGCCAAGAUGAUGAACUCAGCAGUACAACGAUUGAUUUCUCAGAAUGUGAACGAAACCAAGAAAGUUGCUUUGGAUAUGUGUGAAACUUGCAUUAAAUGGGAACAACAUCGACAGAAGAUGUUGGAGGUAAGGAAUAUAUUUGAAAUACAAUUUUCUAUACUUAGGAAGUGUCAAAGCUGUUGCAAUUUUAAUAUUUUAGCUGAUUCAAUAUUUUUAACGUUGUUUUAAACUAAUUUCUUCUUAUUUUAGACUGUCAGAACCAAUGAAAGGAACGGAGUUCCAAUUCCUCGAAUCUUUCAACAACAAAGACCCAUGCCAGACGUCACUGUGGAGAAUCUAAAGGAAUCUUUUGAUCAAUCUGUCAUCGAUUCCAUCUUCAACAUCCUUCUAAAACUGGCUACAUCGGUGGAACAGUCAGUGUCCCAAACGAUGGAUCCGAAUGUACGGAGAGCGUUGAUGCUACUUCGAUUGGCUGUCAAACCUCACAUCUUUGGAGAAUCCAAAUUUAAAUUGACUUUACUUGAGAAACCGUUUGCUGAUUUUGCAUCACUUCAACCAGAUGUACAGCAACAACCUCCAAGGAUUAGUAUUGUGGUUGGAACACUGGAUGUGAUCACUACUAUUAUUGCUGGAUUGGUUAGUAUAUUGGGCGUUUUGAUAGUAUUAUAUUAUAGGAUUUGUACAUAAGCAAUGCAGUUUUUGGAAUAUUUUAGGUUUUUUUGAAACAAAUCAUGUUGUUGUAGAUAUAAUUUUAAUAUAUUAAAAUAUUUUAUUAAUUUUUAAUACUUUUUAGUCUGGAGAUACCUUAAAAAUGAUCGUUGGCAGAUUAGAAAAACACUUGGCAAACUGUCUCACCUACCCAUAUACACCUAUCAGCCAAGCUCUUAUUAAGUUUUUGACCAAAUUUGUCGAAGUAACAGAAAUCACAUCUUAUGGAGCAGAACAAUUCGAAGAACUCAACAACGCUCUUCGUCGCUACAUCAACAACAAUAUAGUGGCGAUACAGAAUGCUCCGUCUCUGAACGGCGGCAGUGUCAUCAGCCAAAUUACUGUAACUUUGGCUUUGUUCCGGGUGUUUUGCAAGAUCAAUUCAGCUUAUAUCGAUCCGUACUUGGGCAAUUUCUUCAAGUUCUUCUUGAGAUUAACCAAAGAUUACAGUCCAGUACCGAGCUCGCAGUCAGAUCGACCGUUAGAGUUUAUCAUAUUGAGUAUGGAGUUGGUACGGCCAAGAAUUGCGACUUUGGAGUUUGAAAGUAGGAGAACAUUGCUACAGCUAUUGAUGCAUUUGACCGAGAAAAACCUGCCGGAAAGGCUGAUGGACAAGCUUGUUCAGAUCAUGACGGAGUUGAUUAAGGUAAAGAUAAGAAAAAGGCGUUUUUAAUUGAAUUAAAAAUGAAUUUAAAGUACAUAAAUCAUGUUGUUUUAGUAAGAGAAGGCGGUGAUAACAACAGUUUUAAUAUUAAUAAUAAUUUUUCAGUACGACAAAGAAGUGGUACCAAACUAUUCGGUCCAGUUAUUAUCAAAGCUCAUUCCUCUGCUUCAAAAACAAUAUCACAACUCGAGUACGACUGUGUUGCGCUUCCUCAACAUUGUACACUCGAUUUUCAAUGACAAAGACCUACGAAAGUCUGACGGUGCACAGAAGCUUCAGACGGCCUUCUUCUGGGGAUUGGCCAAUUCUGAUGAGAGCACCAGACGAUCCUUCUUCCAGCUGUUUGAAUCCCAAUUUCCGAGGUCUUUAUUUGAGAGAAUUAUGUUUAUUUUGGGUGAACAGAACUGGAUUCCGAUGAGUAACACCUUCUGGAUCAAUCAUUGUUUGAAUGUCAUCAUGAAGUGGGUUUUUGAGGGUAUUUGGACUUAAGUCGAUAUUAAGUUGUUCAAAUAAUUCUGUACUCCUUUACUUAGAAAAGUGAAGGAGCACUGAAUGUUUUGAACAACAUACUAUUAUUUUUCUAAAAUUUUGUUUCUGAAGAAUUAUUUAAUUUUUUCUUUCAGAGCCGUCCUACCUCCAGCCAAUCAAAAAACCACCAUAUCCUUGUUAAAUGGUCGCACUUUUGAUAGUGAACGUCGUCAGUUUGCUGGCAUUGAACUGUCCGAUAUAAGUGUUGCGGAACCAGAAGAAGAAAUCAAAACUGAAGUCAUGGAUACAGAUGCUAAUGUAUCAUCUGUAGUUAAUACUUUAAUGUGGAGAAAUUCUCCUAUCACUCCUGACGCCAAAGUAACUCCAGAACAACUCAUGGACUUUGAGAAUCAGUAAGUUUGAUAUAGGGUUUUUAAAUAGUUCUGUGCCCUAACCCCGAAAUUUUUUUGAGAGGGGGCACAGAAUUAUUUGGACAGUUUUAUAAUUGAUAAAAUAUGUAAUUUUAGACUACUGGCCGACCCUCCCACUCAACCAGACGACUUCCUUCGCUCAUUGAUGGAGAUGUGUUACACUGAUGUGAGACUAUGCAAGAAGAUGUUCAUCGACUUUUUUGUUUCGAUUUGGAGCCAAAUGCCGAUGGAUGAAAUGGAGAAACGGUCUAAAGUGGCGUCGUUCUUCUUGUGCAGUGGAGUUGCCUUAACUACUGCUGACAUGCCCAUAACACCAUUGAAUUGUUUCUACGAAGCCCUGAUUAAAUGCCAGUCGGAUAUUAAACUGGAUGCUCAAAUGAUGGAGUAAGGAAAAGGGUUUUGAUGAUCUUUAUUGUUUUAGCUAGGGCUGUUGCGUUAAAAAUCAUGUUUUUUUAAAUGUUUUUUUUUUAAAUUUAUUAUAUUUAAAAUGACAUUUUAGAUACCUCGCAACAACUCACAAAGACUGGUACAAUGUUUUAGAUCGAAUGGAAAGUAAAUUCAGGAAAAGUCAGCUAGCCAGACACAUGAUGAACUCCACCAGACUGUACCAUGACGAUAUUCGUCUGAUGGAUGCGUUAUCAUCAUUGUACGAAAGGCUAGGAGAACAUGACUUACUGGCAGCAAUGUGGAGAAAGAGGGCUUGUUUAAAUGGUACCAUUGAAGCUAUUCAGUUCUACCAUCAAGGAAUGUACAGAGAGGCUCGGAUUCAGGUAAACAAUAUUUUAUGAUUUAAGCUCACUGAUGGUUUUGAAAUUUAAAGGUUUUGUUUUUGUAAAGUAGAAGCUAUUUUGGUCCAUUUCAGAGUCGACUAGCGAUCAAAAAAGGUCGUGAACUCUUCUCCCAAGACGCUCUAACAGACCCAACACAACAACAAACAGUAACUUCAACAGCCCCAUUCUACGACAUCAGAGUAGUCGAUAUAGAGCUACGAAAACUAGAGGAGAUCUGGAUUCAAAGUUGUACAGAAAUGGGAGAUUGGAAGACUCUACUACAAUAUGUCAACAACCCAGAUGUCGCGAACACAGAAGUCCUGGCUGAUGCUGCUUGGCAUCUCGGAGAAUGGAGAUUGUUAAGAGAACUGAGCAAUCAAAUCGAAGCUACAGGACAAAAGGAACAAGUCGCCAAAGCCCUCCUCUACCGAACCAUGUGUAAUAUCACCGAAUUCGAAUUGAAUCAGAACCGCAAGCUACUGGAGUACAAUCCCACAGAAGUCUCGAACACUUUGAUCGCCGAAUGGCGUCAACUACCAUCAAUCACAAGCGAGGUACACAUGCAAGUACUACGCAAAGCACAACUGGUACAGGAAAUUACGGAGAGCGCUACAGUAGGACAGACGGCUUGCGAGAAAAUGAUAACGGUAACCACAGCUGACAGCUACAAUUACAACACUAAUCGUAUUCAGUUCCACGUCGACAACGCCAUGGUCAACGAGAUCAAGCAGUUUAUCAAGACAUGGCGUUGUCGGGCAUCCUACCUCUCCGUAGACCCACUUUCCCAUCUGUCAUCAACCUUUGCUUGGCGUGUACAACAAUACUUCAAUGUGAUGAGGAUUUUCGACGGAGCUGACAGUAGCUCUGUUCCUCACCAAGGUCAGAUGCAACCUCUGCAUUCGAUCGCUCAAGCUCAAAUCAUGUUCGCCAGAAUGUACAAGAAGGCCGAGUUGUACGAGGAAUCGAUGCAGCAACUCGCUCAGCUACACGCCAUGACCAAGAUCUACCGUAUCGACGGAUGCAUGAGGAUCAUCGAAGAAGCCAAGUGCUUCAUGGGUCUGGCCGAAAAAAUUGGCCGCGUCCAAAAGUACCAAGACCGAUGUGUUGACGAGAACAAAGUCAACGUAUCAUACGGUCUACAGUCGUACGAACGGUUACUGUACGGUAACGAACACACCGCCUUCAUUGAGAAAGCCCUCGAGCUUGUAGACAGUGUGAAUCCAGCACUAUUCCCGAAAGAACUGGCCGCCAGUGUAUUCACAUUGCGAGCUCAGAUACUGUCAACUAUUGGCAAGAUUACUGAAGCUGAUCGUACCUUCUCUAUAGCUGCUCAGUUGGCUGAAGAUGCACCUCCUUUGCCAGCGUCCUUGAACGGAAAAACCGUUUGGAAGUAUUGGGCGGUGCAUCUGGAGCAAAAGUUUUGUCGAAAGCUGAGGGAUGUGACUUCAGAAUCUCUGACGGAGUAGGUUCAAAUUGAAAAAGUUUAAUUUUUUGAUCUAAAUUUACUUUUUAGGCAUGAUUUGGCCAAAAACAGUGUUAAAGCUAAUGUUAACAAUGACAUUUUACUGAUUUAUAAUCUUAUUUUAGUGACCUUUUUAAAGAAAUUCGGGGAAUUGGCGUAGAAGCUCUGACGUCGCUGAUGGAGAUGCUUCGUACCGUUACAGAAACCAAAGUACGACGAUACAUGUGUAGAUUCUUCCACGUCUACAGGUCCAUUAUGGCGUUGGAUGCGAUUGUGGGAGAAGAAAGACUCGAGAACAUGAGGAACGAGGCUUCUGAAGACGAAAGACUGCUUUUGAUGCCAAUGGACGAGCUGCUUCAGAAUCAAGCUACUGCUAUUCCAGUUGUCAUGUGGCUGUUUUGGUAGGUAUUUGGUUAAAGUAAUAUUGUUUCCUAGCUUCUAAUCGUUUGAACCUCGGUUAAAACCUAUUUUUGCUGAUAUACUAAUCUACUGUAAUAUCAAAGCUCAUCUUACCUACUACAACAUAAAAUUCUUGUUUUAGGCUGGAACAAAUCAUCAAAGAAGUGUCGGAAAGAGGUAGCAAAGGAAUGGCAGCGUUAUUGCGCAGGAUCGCUGAUACAUACCCACAACAGACGUUGGUAGCUAUCAGGACAGUCUUAUCGCCACAAUUGAUUACCCAAAAGAUCGAGGAUUGUAAGUUAGGCUUCUCUUCAUGACCCUGAAUGUAAAAAAUGUACCAUUGUGAAAUUACAUUUAAAAUGGCAUAAAAAUAUAACUAUUAGGUUGUUCAAGUAAUUUUGUGCCCUUUCUGAAAGAAAAUUUUAGAGGUUAGGAGGCACAGAAUUAUUUGAACUAUGUAAUAGUACAAUAUGGGAGUGAACAAUUUAAUAUUGUAAAAUACCAACUUUCAGUGCAAAAACGCCUCCCCCUGAUCAGCGAUUGGAUGAAAUGUGCACCACCUUUGGACGAACGGGACGAAAAGAGCUUCCAAUCACAAGAUGUGAAAAUGAAUGAAUCAGAAGAUGAAGUCGUACCAGAACAAGACCAUCCAGAUCAUGAAUAUCUGGCCAGAAAGAGAGACGAAUCUCUAAAAGUCACCAUCAGAACCUUGAUUUUGUUGGAGAAGAAGGUGGAAUCCGAACAAGACAAAGAGAAGAAACUAAAGCUGGAAGAGAUCAAAACACUUGUGAAUCAAAGAAUUUGCAUGUUACAGUACUUACAGGAGAAUAAUUUUGUUCCUAGAGUCGAGAAUCUGAAAAAAGAAAGGGAAUUCAGAUUGGAAACGAGUGUUGAAAGAGAGUUUGAAGUGUUGUCAUUGGAGAAUUCUGAUGGUGAAGGUGAAGACGAAGGGUUUGUGAAGGUAAGGCGACGAUAAAGUGGUAGGAAAGGUGUAAAAUAUAACGUAAGAUGUCAUUAUUGACUAAUGAGAGCGGUUAUUGACUUAUACAAAAACAGUUGAUAAACAAUUUUUAAGGAAAAAAUAAAAAAAUGGUCAGAAAUUGGGCGCAGCUUGGGAAAAAUGUUCUGCAAGCUGCGCGAACAUUUCAUACUUAAAAUUGUUGAUUGUUUAAUGAAAAAAAGUUUGAAAAAAAAGGAUUUUUUAUGAAUUAUAGUCUUAAUCAAUUACAAUAUUUUUUUAAUUAAAUGUUAAAAUUUUGUCAUUUAGAGUCCAUUUUAAAAUUUUUAGAUAAAAGUUCCACGAAAGAAAUCGACCGAAUCCAUGGACAUUCUCAUCGAUACUCGAAACUUGGCCAAAGACGACUAUGACAUUGAAAUCACUUUUGGACGCCAAAAAGAUGGUCUAAAAGCAACAGAGCUGGAACUGAAAGAGAAUGAAACAAGGAAAGAGGAAGAAGCGAUGCCAUUGUUGUUGAGUGUCAUCGACACUGUCUGUAUCGAUCGUUACGCGGACAUCAAAGCCUUGAAUCAGAUUCUGAAUGAACUCGACAACUUCCCUGAAACCUGGGCGGAGCAGGUUUAUAAACGACUGGUCGAUUUGGUUCAUCUUCUUAAUGUGUAAGGUCUUUGAUUAUGUUGAGUUUGAUUAGUUAUAAUUUGUAUUAUAAUAUUUAUUUGGGUAUAUUUUUUAAGUAUAUUUUAUGCUUUGUGUAAAACACAAAUUGAUUGUUAAAAGUUAUGUAAAAUACGUCGUUUUGACGAUUUUUUCAUGUAUAAAUCAAUGUUUUUAGCGAGCUACGUCAAAAAGAAGAGCUAGAGCUGGUUUCUGAUGAACUACAAGCAGCUUUGAAGACGUUAUAUGACAGACUUUUGGAAAUCAAGCCGCUGAAUGUUGAGUUAAGUCCGGUAGAAGUUGAAAUCGAAGGGAAGAUUGCUGUAGAAUGUCGAAAAAUGAAAGAAAAUGAGGCAAAACCUACCUUACAGCUAAUGAAACAAUGGCUGGCUGAGUUCUUGAUGCCAUUGGAAGAGUACCUGAAGGGAUUGGAAGGGUAAGACGGAAAUCUUAUGAUUGGUUUUUAGUAAAGUUCAAUCAUUCUUCUAUUAUUUUAUGUACCUAACUGGAUGUUUCUUUUCAGAAUGGUCUUCCUAGCCGAUCUCUCACCGUUCCUCUCACGAUUCAAUGGAAAGUCAGCUCAAGUUGAUGUACCUUCAAUGUGGAUAUCGACCAGAAAUUGUCUUCACAGUGCUCAGAUUGCCUACUUCUUACCAACAUGUCAACGUAUCUUCAGAGGAACUGGAAUUGCUUAUAUCUUUUCGGUUUUAUCACAAAAUGGCAAAGUAUUCUCGUAUCUGCUACAACGCGAAGAAGCGAACAAAUUCAACAACAGAUGGAAUCAGAUGAUCAUCAUGUUGAACGCUGAGAUUCAGAAGAAUAGAGUGAGUUUAAAUUGAUGUUAUAGUAGAUAUUCGUAAAUUUGGUGUUACAAUAAAACGGGUUGUAAUGAGAAGAUUUGGGUCGGUAUUGAGGCUUUUUGGGUUUAUACGAGGUUUGGGUCGUUACUUGGUCAACAACUUCAUAGAAAAGUUUUUUUUUCUGUUGGACUUAGCUUUUCGAUUUUUUGAUUUGGGCUUGGCGAUUACUGAUUAUAUUUUGCAUAGUUAACCAAGUUUUUAUAUUUUUUUCAAACUGUUUUUUAAUUUUUAAAAAGUUUACAAAAAAAUGACAUUUUAAUUCCAGGAAAUGAGCCGUCGCCAACUACACCUUCCAACUGCCUUCAAGUUCCAAACAGGGCCUCGAAAGGUGAUAACCGAAAUGUAUCCUCUCUCAUCGGCCGCUUCGUUCCCUCAAACAGAAAUCGACCGGUCAACCAAUUCCCUCCUCUCCCUAACCUCAUUGGCCCAACGAACCCUCUAUCGAUCGUGGCCACAAAUCUCUCUAUGGUCGGAUCACAACCCGGCAGUGAUGGAAACCGAGUUCUCGGAUUGGAUGAGAGAACACUACCCAGACACGGCGACGUUCUGGACGGUGAGGAAGAAGUUGUCGCAACAGUGGGGCCUUCUGAUGGCAUUAGAAUUGGCAUUCGGGCUGAAAGAGGUCGACUUCGAUAGUACCUUUGUCGGAAUGUUCACAGCACAGUUGUUUGUCACCAAAUCGGAGAUGAAGAUCAAAUUUGAAAAUGGAAAAUGUAAGGAUUUUUUAGGGUCGGGCAAGGGUUUUUUUGUUUGGUAGGGGGAGGGGGGGGGGGAGUGUUUUACAGAACAAAGUAUAUAACUUUAUUAAAAAUGAAACUUUAAACAAUUUAUUGUUUUUCAAAUUUUUUCGAACUUAAAAAAAUGUCAUUAUACCAUAUUAAGGUUUUGUAGAAGAGUAAUUUCUUUCUUUCUUUUUAGUCUCACUGGAUCUCGCCACGAAUUCCUUGCGUUUGUCGCCUAAUAUCUCCGAAUUCUUCCAGACAUAUCAUCUGAACGAAGCCGUCUUCUUGUCAGGCCAUCUGACUGGAGCCUUCGUUUCGACCUGUCGAUUCCUGGCAGCUUCGAAGACAGUACCAUUAAUCCUAAGAGCUUUGUUGUGGGAUCAACUGGAGGAGUUGAGUGGCGAUCAAUGGCAAAAGCCUGAAGUUCAGUUGGAAGCCAUGGACUUUUGCAAUCGGACGGUCGCGGAAAUUGUGGACAGAAUAUCAGGUAUGGGCGUUGGAGGGGAUAAGGGGGUUGUUUUAGAGAAAUGUUUGAAUACAGGGGUAGAUUGGGUUCACAGGUGCCUGUAAGUGUGAAAAUUAGAAAAAGUUUUUAAAAAUUUGUGCACUUGUGGACCAAAAAUUUGUUUUUUGACUCUAGAAAAAUCUGUAGGGAAUUUCCUGGAUCGGGUACCUACCUAUGUUAAUAUUGACGGAAAAACUAUUUUUGAGUUGCUAGAAUGAAAUGGCGCGGUGUAAAUCAAAAUUUUUGUUAUAAAUUUGUAUCGUGAUCUUCAUUUUCUAAAAAUUCGGUUUUGACGCGCCAUUCUUUUUGCAUCAACGUGAUUUAGAGUUUUUUUAAAAUUUAAUAAUUUUUUUUUCGAAUUUAAAAAAGGGACAUGACAUGCUUUUUUGAUGAUAAAAAGUGUUCAAAACAUUCAAAUUAACGAUGAUUUCAAUGUUUUUACGUGUAAAUCUGGAAAUUUUAAAUUUCGAGAUUUGUGGAUGAAUAGAGUUAAUUACACCUAUAUUUUUGCUAUUUCUAAAUUUUCAAAUUGACUAUGUCACUUUACAUGCAUAUUUACAUCUUUGAAAUGAAAUGUAUUUUGUCACUUUACUUACAUAUUUUGCAAUUUUUAAAAUUAUGACAUUUUCAGGUUUGGCACAGUUCAAAACAGGCCAAUUCAAAGCUCUGGAGCCGGUCAUCGAAGCCGCCAAAGGCCGAAACCAAACUCCAGAUUACUGUCCUUGGUUCUAA